AUGCAAGGAAGUUAUAAGAGCAAUGGGUUACCGAGACCAUACUACAUGAAACCUUCGAGAAAGAAACGCUCGCCAUAUGAUAAUUUGAAGGAACCUAUUGUUUUCUUUAAUAGUCCCAGACGCAAACUUAGUGGUUAUCUAGUAAUGCUUAUUAUCUUUUGUACAUUGAUGUGGUGGGUUUCACAGGACAUGAAGGCGCGGCCAGACGUAGAAUAUGAGCUAGAAACGGAUAUCGCAUCAUCACCAUCGUUAAAGGACAACAAAAUGGAUAAUAAGAACAGUGGGAAUCUAGAAAAUAUAGUGAAAAAUAUAGGAUCGCAAGCAGAUAAGGAGAUUGAAAAUUUGGAUCUAGCUGAUAAUUUAGCAGUUGGUUCUAAAGGAGAAAAGGGUUUAGGCGCAGCCGAAGCUCCAAUAGGCGGUAUGGCUAAUGAAGGGCCAAUGAUAGGUAAUGACGAAGAUAAAUCGAUUGGGUCGUCGGGAAAAAGUAAUAACCACAAGGGUCAAACACCGUUAAAGGGUAAUUCGCCAAAACCAAAAGAUACCGAAGUUGUUCUUGCCGACAAAGAAGACAGUCAUAUUGAAAAAGUUGGUGAUUUUGCAAAGAAAUUGACAAACCAGGACAAAGCCCAUCAAAUUAUCAUGGACACUCAAUAA